UGAAAGCAAAAUGUCGCUUUAGGCAGAAUAGGCUAGUGCAUGAAAGAAGCAAAACAAUGUCAUACAAAGGAUAGUGUUUUAAUAAGCUCUUUGUUCGAGUCUCCUUGUCUGACUCACCAAGUAGCAUAAUGCCUAGUACGCAUUCUUACGUUUCAUCGGCAGAUUUAAGCAUCUGAACUGGAGAUUUUUUUUUCAGUCACGUGUUUUCAUCCAAUUAACAACUGACAAUUAGUCUGGUGUAGUUUCGGUCAAAACCGUAACAUUUUUUUUGCUUUUUGCACGUAGAUCAGACACAAAAACAUUAUUUAGUUUUAAACGUUACCGUUGGUUCUUAGUCGGGGGUGCGGGCAGGGGGGAAGGCGAGGCAUUGCCCCUGUUACUUUAGUCUACAGUUGAGAGGCAUCCCUUUGUCCCGCUGCUCCCGAGUUUGCGGCUCUUCAUGGCGGCCACGACAUCCACAAAGCGUGCGGGGCGACCGCGGUCGCAGCUGCCCGCCUGCUACCACGAGGGUUACCUCGAGAAGAAAGCGUCAAAGGAGAAGGUGUUCCGGAGGCUGUGGACGUGUGUGUGUGGAAACACUCUGUUUUUCUUCAACAGCCACAGGGACAGCGAGUAUGUGGAGAAGCUGGAGCUCAGUGGUUUUCUCUCCAUGGCGGAUGACGGGAGCAGAGACCGGAAUCUGGAGGCGGCGCGAUUCAGUCUGCGGCUGAAGGACGGGGAGGUGAAACUCACGGCUCCAAAUUUGGAGUCUCGUGAGCUGUGGAAGGGGUUCAUCUAUGCUGUGGUAGAGCUCUCUGUGCCCACCUCCCUGAACCUCCUCCCAGGACAGCUCCACCUGCUGGGGGAGGUGGUGGAGAAGGAGAGGAGACGACGAAAAUCCGCCUCCCUCCCGGCGGCCCCCACCACUCCCCUAUACCUCCCCCUGCUGGGCGAGAUCCCACCCUGCUUCCAGCCCGUGUCCCGCAGAGAGGCGGAGGUGCUGCUGGAGAGGCACCCGGACUGCGGGAACCUCCUCCUGCGGCCGGGCCGGGACGGAACCUCACUGGCUGUGACCACACGGCAGGACCUCAACGGGUCUGUGUUCCGACAUUACCGUGUCUCUCAGCGGGAGGAAGGGGGCUAUGUCAUCGAUGUGGAAAACCCAAUCCCGUGCGAGACGCUUCACGACGUCAUAAACUGUCUGCUGGAGAAAACGUCCGGCACCCUGCAGCCCUUCCUGCUGGAGGAGCCGUACGAGGAGAACAUCGCCUUUGUGAAGUCCAACGAUGAGAACGGAGAGAGGAGCCUGCAAUGGGCCCCCAACAGCCCCCUUCACAGGGCCACCAGCAGCCCCCUUCAUAGGGCCCCUGUCCUGCCUCCCAAACCAGGUAACAACCCUGGUCACGUGUACGUAGUCCUCCGGGUCCAAGUGCCGUGA